AUGGCUGUGUCUUUAGUCCUGACAGCAACCCCGCAGGGACUGAGGGUUAGACAGUACCCUCCCUCCCUCAGUGUGAUGCGGGGUGAGACAGCAACCCUGUCUUGUCAUUUCGAAGUUGAAUCCCCCAAGUACGGGGUUCAGUGGUUCAGAAUGAAGUCGGUAAAGGAGCUCAUCCCAAAGUCAUCCAGGGAAAGCGUCGUGGAGAAGAAUCAAACCUCAUAUCUGGUGAUCACUGAGGUAGCACUGGAGGAUUCUGGGUGGUAUUACUGUGAGGUAAACGUCCUGCAAGAAGACCCGGAGUGGGGCAACGGCACAGAGCUGAUCAUUUUGGCACCACCGUCUCCUCCUAAAAUCUACCUCCAGAUUCCCCCAGACCCACGGGCUGGUCGAUGGGCUCUUCUGUGCCUCACUGGGGGAUUCCACCCGGAAAACCUCACCCUGACCUGGACCUAUCAGAGCAAAGCAGACAUCGAUCCCAUGUCAGUCAGCAGCUGCACCGUUCCUGCUUUUAACCCUCACGGUAACCUGUCUGAAUCUGAAUCCCUGCUGUCCUCUCAUUGGUUGGUGAACUCAACGCCCCCACACGAGCCAAAGUGUCUCCAAGUGAUGGACAACACCAGUGGGGAAGUUUACCUCCUCAAUGUGUUCUUCCUCCCACUUAAAGAGUCUCUGGAUGAAACGAUCACUUUCACCUGUAGGGUUCACGACCACCCUGCCAUGACCUCAGCUCUCAAUGCAUCAUUUACAUGGGGUAAUUUAAAAACUGUUUGA